AUGUUAAAGUUAUUCACCAAGAACUUUAUUUUACUUGUUAAUGGUGUAUUAUCAAUGAUUGUAGUAUGGAUUUCAAACUUUGUCGUUAAAGCUUAUAUCGCUUCUGAUAGUAACUCACAAUUAUUAGUCAUAAAUUUCAUACUUGGAAUUUUAUUUCUUUUAACUUUUAUUAUUUCUGGUUACAUUUCUGUAGUUAUUACGCGAUAUAGUGGUUUUCAUUUUCAAACAACAUUCAACUUUACCAUUUCAAAAAUUGGAUGGUACGAAAUUAUCAUCAUUCUAAUAUUUAUGGUUUGGAUCUUAAUUGACGUAUCUUUUGAAUAUGAAGAGAAAUUCGAUAUUGAUCAAGAAAGCUUUCAAAAUUUUUCAGAAUCAAUUAAUUUCAAUCAUCAUUCACCAACUGAAUCCUUUGAUACUCAUUCCUCUGAUGAAUAUUUCUCGGAUUCUCAGUCCUCUGAUGUUCAUGAUGCAUCGAGAGAUCUCGCAAAUUUUUUUGUUAAGCGUAAAAUUGUUCGAAUACGUGUUGAAUCUCGAGCAAAGUUUCUUGGUCGCAAGAUAGAAUUCUCAAAUUUCGAAUUGAGUCAACCUAGUUUUAGUUCGAGAUAUAAUCAAGAUAGACAGAUAAUGCAAAUUAAUGCAUCAUCAGAUAACAUGGAUGUAAACUCCAAAGAGUUUAUCGACGUAGUCAAUACGACAAACAGUCAAGAAACUGGGAUUAUUCCAUCGGCUGAACUCGUUCAUGACGUACCUUUAGACCAAUGUCAAUUAAAUUUAUUCAGAUUUCGACACAGAAAGAUUCUAAAAGACAGCAUCAUUGGUGUGAAUUAA